GCCAUUUCUAACGAUUUAGGGUUUUACUCAGUACCAUGUCUCGACCGUUUUGAAUCUCAAAUCUUAACACUCUUCUUCUUUGAGCUCUCACCUUUUACCAUCCGAGAUCUGUAUCGGAUCGAACCGCCGAGAGUGAAGAAUCAGAGAUGGCUUUGGCUUUCGAUGAGUUUGGCCGGCCGUUCAUUAUACUAAGAGAGCAAGAUCAAAAGACUCGUCUUAAGGGCAUCGAUGCUCAAAAGGCCAACAUUUCCGCUGGUAAAGCAGUGGCUCGGAUUCUCCGAUCCUCUCUCGGUCCCAAGGGCAUGGAAAAAAAAUGCUUCAAGGACCUGACGGAGAUGUCACCAUAUGUUAGUUUCUUCCUUUUGAAUCUCAUCUCUCUUAGGUCUAUCCCUAUGGCUCUUGCUUUGAACAGUGGAUUGCAGCCCAUUGAAACACUCUCAGCUGUAAAAUCUCAGCAAAUUAAGGAGAGGAGAACAUUCCAUUCUACGGGAUUGAUUGCAACGAUGUAGGGGCUAACACAUGAGGGAACAAAACAUGUUUGAAACGUUGAUCAUGAAGCAGCAACAGAUCGUACUUGCAACACAAGUAGUUAAGAUAAUCAAGAUCGAUGAUGUCAUCUCCCCAUCAGAAUACUGAUGAAUGAUAGUCAUGUUUGGAUUGUUUACGUUUUCUUGCAAGCGUAUUUAUGUAAGAACAUUCCACAGAUAAUUUUUCACUGUGGUUAGGUGUGCUGAUUUUGAAUUUAUUAAGCUUGCGGUUUUCUUUCGACAUUAGAAGACUUAAGUGUAUUGAUUCAGGGAUUGAGUUUUGAUUGGUCCCUCAUGUUCAAAGCGAUGAACAUUUAUGAGUUAAGAAAAAUAGGACUGUUAGAGGUUGAUGAAGUUGAACAUUAAUGGAGCUGAGUAAUCAUUGGUUUGUAUUUUGUAAUGUUUUGAUAGUAAAAAUUUUGGUGGGUCGGGUUAAAACGUUUACAUGCGUGAAAGUCAAAUAACGUUCUGUACCUUUUG